AAGCAACAACAUACAUACAUCGAACAAAACCUCAACUAAACAAUAGAAAAACCUAAACCUGAAAGAAAAAGUGAAUUACACAAAUCCCCGCAAUUUCGAUUGCAAUUCAAAAUUUUUAAACUAAAACCACGACAUUAAUUUAAUUAAAAUCUAUAAACAAUGAAUACAGUACGACCAUGUGGCUGCAAAGGCUGUCGCACAUGUUUGCUAUGUGAAAAGGAAUUCAAUAUUCUGGACAAACCAUCUUAUUGCAAAUUGUUUCAGGAAAUGGAAUCCUUUGUCUUUUGUCCGGAAUGCAAUAAAAUCUAUCCUGGGUGGGAUGUGGAGGCAGUUUGCUCGGCCCAUCCCGAACACUGUUCUGCCGCAGAUGGUAUCGACUUUCCUGGAAUUCUAGUCAUGCCCAAUUUCCUAUCAGCCAAAGAGGGUGGCGAUGUGUUGCGGAAUCUAGACGAAAUCACCUGGCAGGCUUCUCAAUCGGGUCGAAGAAAACAGAAUUUCGGACCGAAGACAAAUUUUAAGAAGAAAAAAAUCCAAAACGGUGAUUUCAAUGGCUUCCCAGCGUUCUCGCGGUUCAUUCAGGAGCGGUUUGAAGGUGUUCCGUUGUUGAGUAGCUUCCAAACCAUCGAACAGUGUACUCUGGAGUACAGUGCCGACAAGGGGGCCUCGAUUGAUCCGCAUAUCGAUGAUUGCUGGGUGUGGGGUGAACGCAUAGUGACAGUAAACUGUUUGGGUGACUCGGUGUUGACGCUGUCCCCGUACAGCAACGUGGACCGAAAGAAGUACAAUUGCGACCUGGUGGAUGAGUACAAGGACAGCUUGAUCUGUGAGUUGGCCAGCAAUGAAACGCUGGAGAGGUUCUCCCGCUCGGUUAUACGAAUUCCAAUGCCAAACUUAUCAUUAAUUGUCCUCUACGGACCACCUCGUUAUCAAUUCGAACAUGCCGUCUUGAGAGAGGACAUCAAGGAACGGCGGGUCUGUAUUGCUUACAGAGAAUUCACACCAAACUACCUUCGAGGCGGAUGCGAUGAGGAGAAAGGCGAAGAAGUUCGCCGGAAAGCUAAGAACUUUUGGGACCAUACUAAGCUACCAAUUACUGCCGUCGAUGCUGUUUAGAAAACUUUUUAAUAGUUCCUCUUUUUUUCAAUUUUUCUUUCUUUGUUGUAUUUAAUUUAAAAAUUUUAAAAACUUAUUUUACAGUAUUCUGUAUUUAUGUGUUCGUUAAGUCGUGUUGAAAAAAGUCAUUAAAAGACCAAAGAUACUCUUGGUGUUCAAAAAAUA